GAAUGGAGGAAAUUGAGAGAGCUUGAGUAGUUAAGAAGAUGAAAUUCGCUGAUAGAUAUCAGCAAUUUAUGAAAGAGCAAAAAGAAGAAGUACCAGUCAUCCGACUAAGCAAUCUCAAGGCUGUUUUGAAGAACUGUGAGAUCAAGGACAUGCACCCCAAAGAUAGAAAUACUGAAGAAGACUGUGAUUGUCCAGUAUGUGACAGGACAUUUUUCCCUUCCAUUCUCAAGGACAUGUCUGUGGUAGUGAACUUCUUUAACAAGCGUGCACAGGAGAUACUAUACUCCCAUUUGGCUUCUGGCUUUAAGAAGUACAUUUUACGUCUUAAAAGGAAGUUAAAGUUGAAAGCAAGCCAUGAAAAUAUGAUAAAAGAAGCGCAAGACCUUGUAGGCUACGCUACAAUUACUGCUUUUGCUAUACAGAAGAUCCUGAAGAAAUAUGAUAAGGUUCACUGCUCGAAGAAGGGACAAAGGUUUAAAUAUCAAGCUCAAACUAUGAAACUUGAGCUCCUAAAAUCCCCAUGGCUUUUGGAACUAAUGGCAUUCCACAUUAACGUGAGUAAAAACAGAGAUGAAAGCAAGACAAUUUGGUUUGUUGACUUCUCGCUUCACAAAGAUGAUGAGCACAGACCACUGUUUUUGGUUAACCUUCCCCAUUCAAUAGAGCUGAAUCUUGAUCUAACAUGCCCAAUUUGCUUGGACACUGUCUUUGAUCCAGUUUUCCUCACCUGCAGCCAUAUACUCUGCCAUAUGUGUGCUUGUUCGGUUGCAUCAGUCACCAUUGUUGAGGGACUACAGGCUGCAACUUCUGCAAAGAAAUGCCCAAUUUGCCGAAAGGGUGGGGUAUUUGGAGGCGCAGUGCAGUUGGCUGAGCUAAGCAUGCUACUGAGUCGAAGUAUGCCAAAGUAUUGGAAAGGACGCCUUCAGAGGGAACGACAAGAGCGAAUCAAACAAGCAAAGGAGUUCUGGGAGUCUGAGUGUCGUUUAUUUCUGGAAUAAGAAUGAAAGUCACUCCUAGCAAUCUGCUCAUUUGCUGUAUAAAUAUUCGUAGCUUUCUGUUGGAAUGAGUGACCGUUUCUUAUUAGGAAUGUAAUUAGUCUAAAUAUAUUAUCACUUAUUGUAUUUAGUACUUACCCAAUAUAUACUUAUAAGUUAUAACCUUGGUGUAUAUAGAGAACCUCCUUAAUUGUGAGAUAAAUAAAAUAUCACGUAUUCACUCAAUUUCA